CUCUCUCUUGCUCUUGGCCUCUUCUUCUCCUUCGCUGUCACGCAUCCUGCUGCUCCGGGGUCCAGUUCUCUGGCUCGGAUUCUCCCUCUCCCCCCACCCAAAGAUCCGAAUCUAGGGAGCGGGUUCCACCCCUCGGAUUCUCGCGGGGACCUCGCAACAACCUUGCUUGCUCUUCCCAUCGCCUUCGGUUGCGGGAUCCCCCUCUCCCUCGGCGUUCUCUCUCGGAGGCUUGGUGGCCACUCCGUUCUUGGCUCAUCCAGCCUCCGGUGUUCUUCCGCCUGGUUCGGUUGCGCUGCUGCUUGGUUCGGUGCCUGUGAAGUGGAGGCGAGCUCUCCGGGAGAGAGAGACGGGUUCCGUCUGAGCAACCCUCGAUUUCCCGUUGUUUUCUCCCUCCCUCCCCUUUUGAUUCUGCCGAGAAGCAACCGUUUUGUGGAUAAUUACGCGGGAUUUCGUUUGUUCCACUCGACCCGCCCAGGUUGCUUUCCCUUAAUGGCGGCACCUUUGCCAACCAGCUUUUGGUGAGAGAGAUGUACUGUAUUGGAUCUAGCUAGUUCUUGCAGAGGAUAGGAUUUUUCCUCAGCGAUUUUUCUGUUGGAUUUGUCAGUCCUGUUUGAUUCUGCUUAGUUUUGCGCCCCAAUCUUCACCGGGAUCAAGAGGAGCCAAAGAUUCUUUGAUUUCCGUCCCCAAUGGCCAUGUCCCUUACCCGCUUCUCCCAGUGGAUUUGGCCGGCGAGCAGAGCUAGAAGCGGAAGGGGCCGAGAGCCGCCGCCGGCGAGCACGGCCGUGGCGAACGGCCUGUUCCCGGACUCCCCGUCCGGGUUCCGGGAGCCGGACGCCGUCGGGCACCCGAGCUCCGGCGCGGCGCGGCCGCGGAAGGGCAAGAGCCGGAGGCGCGCCGGCCGCGGGGAGGCGAGGGCGGACGGGGAGCACGGCAUGGUUAUCAUGCAGUCCGACGGCGACGGCUGUCUGUCAGACACGGACUCCGACGGCUCCGACUGGUCUAUCGGCUGGCUCGAGCCGCUCGCGCCGGACCUCCAGACCGACGGGGACUCCGAGGGCAGCUUCGCCGUCCUCGUCCCGUGCUACCGCCGUGGCCGCAUUCAGAGGCCUGCUCGUACUGACGCCAGGUUCCCUGGUGCUAUUGGUGUCGCCAAUGGCGGCGUUUCUGUCCUAAAUUGGGUGGCUGAUAACCUUGAACAUGCCAAAGAAAUAUGGUCAGCAGUACAUAUGCAUAUGGCUCUGCCAUUUUUGUUGUUGAAGCUGUGCCCUGUCGCCUAUCUACGUUAAUUUCAAAUCUAGUUUCUAAGUUUGGAUAGCUUCAAUAAACAAAGCUUUAGCUUUGUUUCGAGUGCUUGCUAGUCUGAGCUAUGGUCGUGCACAUCCAUUAUUUUGCUUAUCCUUCUGCGCAUCUUCUUAAGUACAUAUCAUUCCAUUACCAUUGAAAAUGGAAAAAGUCUUAGAUACUUUGAGUUCACCUUAAAACUAAUGCUCCCUUAUAUGCCAUUGAGUUUUAGAACCCCCCCCCCCCCCCCCCAACACACACACACACACACACAUAAUUUGGGUCAUUGCUGAUCAUUAGCGCAGAGUCUGACACAUCAAGCUGAGGGGGUAAAAGGAUCAUUUUGUCGUCUUACUCCAUCCUCCUUUCUGCUCUGCCACUCUUUCUGUCUUUUUGGUUCACCUAUUGCUGCAUUUGGGCUAGUUUGGCCACAAAUGCUAGCUGUUUCUGCCUGCCAGGCAAUACUGCGACUGUCUUAUAUUCGUACUAUUUAUGACUAUACAUUUUCUUUAUUGAUCUCAUUGCUGCAAAAUGGGAAAUUUUCUUAACAAAUAUUGCUUUCCCAGUUGUAAGUCUUGUACCUCCCCCAGUAAAUGUGUCAUCCAGGUUGAUGCAAAAUGUGAAAUACACAUAUAAUGACUAUCUAUCUCUAAUCAUUGUAGUGUCAUUUGCAUCAAUAUUGAGACAUGCACAAGUAGUUUAUAUUAAUCCUCCCUAGACAUGCAUUUGUAGCUUUGAUAAUUUCCUCACUCAUUAGUCGAUCCUCUAUUCAUUCAUUCAUUUGGCUUAUCAGCUUUUCCCAAAUCUGACCUAGUUGAUAAUUUCUCCAUAAUUUCCUCACUCCUUCAUUGAUCCUGUAUUCAUUUAUUCAUUUGGCUUAUCAGCUUUCACAAAUUUGACCUAGCUGAUACUCGCCAUCGCCAUUUGCUUUUGUUAUCUAAUUGCAAUUGUGAGAACAAGCUCUCUGUUUGAACCACAACUACAGCAAUCUUGUGUCCCACUCUACUAGUUUAAUAUCAUUCUUUAAGCAUUUUAAUUACAUUUUGUUGUUUAUGUUUCAAUCAGGCUUACCUGUCCAAAUAUAGUUAUGAUCUUUAAUCAUUUCUGCUUUGUUAUUCCAUACUGAGCAAAAUUACUGCUUCCAAUAUACUCCUUCUAAUGUUUGUCCCUUGUCUCUGUUCUGCAGAUAACAAGAAUUUUGUAGAGCAAUGGGUGUCUUCCCUUCAGAACUGAUUUAUCCAUUUCCAUUCUUUGUUGGCUUCAAUGUAUAUAGUAUUGUUACAUUCAACCUAUCAUAUUCCCCAUGUGUAGAACAUAUCGAUGAAGGAAGAGAUGAAACCCAAAACAGCAAAUCAAGAGGACAACGAUAGCAGUGGAAUUUUAAAACAUCAAUGAAUGGGUGCAUCAUCCUUCCUGAGGUUUCAAGGCUAUGGCAUUCCUGCAGGAUAAGAAAUCACGUGAACCAUGAUGUGUGAUUGGUAUGCAAUGUUAUUGACAUUUCUGGCAAUGGAGCAACGGAUUGAUGGCCUCGCUAUCGGAUUUUCUUAUAUAUAUAAACUCUACAACUGCCUAUAUCACUAUCAUGGCGUUUACAACUUUACAUCAUUGGUAUGAUGGUGAUUCUUCUGUAUAUAUGUAUUCAUGAACAACGGGAAUUGAACACCUACGGAUUCUACAUAUCUUCUGUAUCUAGUUUAUUUCCAGUUUGUGAAUUGCUUUCUCUGUCAAA